GCAAUUACAGAUGGAUAUUAAUAGGUUACGCAGUACAGUUGAUGAAGUGAGAGAUCAAGCUAUGGAACUCAUUACAGAAGGAGGGUCAUGUCAGAUUGUUGUAGAACCAGAGCUAAUAACACUCAAUCAAAGAUGGGAAGAUGUCUCUGCCAAAGUUAAGGAAAAGCAAACUUUACACAGACAAGAAGUUAUAAUAGAUUUGAAAGAUAAAACAGCCACCACUUCAAUAGACUUACCAGUAGUCACAGAAUCACCUGCAGUAACGUCUUCCAGAACAAUAACCACAACGUUUGAAACCAAACCCAUUCAAGUAGAAGGACAAGUUUCAACUGUUACUGUGGAGAAGACAAGAACUGUCACCACAACUAUUGAAAGAUCAGCACAUCAACCCGAAGAAGUGGAUGUAAUUGAACCUAUUAAAACGAAGGAGAUUGAGCUGAAGGAUACGCCAGUUGUCAUGACAACUGUUACAUCAACAAAGACAUUCAAUGUGUCAGAGCCAGUUGCUAUGGAUACAACUGAUGGAGAACAGAAAGAACGAAAGCUUUCUUCAUCUUCCUCUUCAUCAUCUGAUGAAGAGGAUAGAUACAUUACAGAGUUUAACACUAUAUUGCAAGAAACAUAUACUGCCAUAGAUCUUUUUGAUAUUAAUUUGAAAAAGGAAAUUGAAAAGGAUCCCGAAACCAAGAUCAAGGAAAUGGAUGAAGCAAUCAAUGACAUGCAGCCUGAUAUUGAUGAAUUAAUUUUAAAAGGAGAGAGUUGGAUUGAAAGCAGUGACCAAGCACUGAAAAAGGAAGUGCAACAGAAAGUGGACAACCUCAAAAACAGAUGGGAAGCUGUGAAAAAUGAUGCAGAGUUGAAAAAACAAUCAUUGAAGACAGUUGUUCCUCAAUGGUAUCAAUACAAGAAUAAAAGAGAUGAUAUAAUGACCUGGAUUGUUACCAUGGAGAUACAGCUACAGGAAUGUAAAGGAGAUGACAAGAAAAUGCAGGAUCUGCAUGAGGAAAUGUCAAGAAGAGAAAAUGAAGUGAGACAAUUACAGAAACAAGCUGACCAUUUAAAGGGCAAAGGUGCCAUGCCAAUUGGUGAUCCCACAUUAUUACAGUUAAAAACAAGAUUUGGUGAAAUUAAGACACAGUUUCAUCAAUUCAAGCAACCUGAAGACUCAGAAAUGGUGGAGACACCAGAGGAAAUCAUAGCCAGAGAAGUGGUGAAGACAGUGAUGACAACUACAUAUAGAACAUUAUAUGGAAUGACUGUGGAAUUUACUAAUUGUCCAAAUGAGUUCUUAGCUGAAUUGGAUAAACUACUGGAUAGAUUACAAGGUGUGACAAGAGAUCUUAACUCACCUCAACUGACCAGUGGAGAUUUUGAAAACUUCUCAGCACAAGAUGAUCAACUCAAGGUAGGUGUCUACCAUGUUGUUGUAGCCAUACUGCAUCUCCCAUGUUGUUGCAGGCAUACUGCAACUACCAUGUUGUUGCAGGCAUACUGCAACUACCAUGUUGUUGCAGUCACGCUGCAUCUACCAUGUUGCAGUCACACUGCAUCUACCAUGUUGUUGGAGUCAUGCUACAUCUACCAUGUUGUUGCAGUCACAGUGCAUAUACCAUGUUGUUGCAGUCACACUGCAUCUACCACGUUGUUGCAGUCACGCUACAUCUACCUUGUUGCAGCCACAGUGAAUCUACCAUGUUGUUGCAGUCACGCUACAUCUACCUUGUUGUUGCAGUCACACUGCAUCUACCAUGUUGUUGCAGUCACGCUGCAUCUACCAUGUUGUUGCAGUCACGCUACAUCUACCAUGUUGUUGCAGUCACGCUACAUCUACCUUGUUGCAGCCACGGUGCAUCUACCUUGUUGUUGCAGACAUAGUGCCUCUACCAUGUUGUUGCAGACAUAG